UAUCCUCAUCCGUCGUCGUCGUCGUCAGUCGGUUCGGUCGCAGUGUCCGUAGCUAACGGUGACAUCGUAUAAUUUGCAUUUUGGUCGCUGAAAAGACUAAUUUUCCUGAAACAAUUGGCAUUUAAACGUUGGAAUAAUUGUAGCAUUGUAGUGCAAUUGUGGUAGAAAAGUUGUAUUCAUCGAGUUGCAACUGUUUUGGCGAAAAAAAAACAACAUUCCUAAAUUGGACAGUGCGUCGAAAACAAGCAUCCAAAAGUAGAUUCCUUGCGUAUUCUCGAAGAGUCUAUUGGCGACGGAAAAUCGACAGUGUUGCGCAUAUCAGCAAGCGGAUUGCUUAGCCGUGGACGUCUGAGUUGAUUCAAGCUUCGGAACAAUGCGAGUCACCGUAACUACCCCGGCGGAUUAUACCUUCCCGCUGGAGGUAUCCGACGACAUGGAGCUGGAGAACUUCAAGGCACUGUGCGAAAUCGAGAGCGGAUUUCCGGCCUCGGAGAUCGUCAUUACGUUCAACGGGCAACACCUGCUGGACGACAAGAAGACACUGACCGAGCUGGGAAUCAAGGAUGGCGACGUGGUGAUGCUGCAGCACAUCAUGCAAGCCGCCCAGCAGGCUUCGCAGGCGGCCCGGUCCAGACAACAGUCGGCAGAACCAUCCCGAUUGGCCAGUUUGGACUUCAGUUCGAUUCAAAUACCAUCGGCUGUUGCUUCCAACAGCACCAGCACCAGCAGUGGCAGUGGCAGUGGAAAUUCCGGACUUUUGAACAACAAUCGACCCUCGCCUACCGUGGCCCCCGAAGAUGACCCGGCCGUGGUGCGGGAAAUGUUCCUCUCGAACCCAGAUCAACUGGCACUGCUCAAGCAGAACAAUCCACGCUUGGCAGAAGCUUUGCUCUCCGGAAAUUUGGAAACAUUCGCCACGGUUCUGCGGAAACAGAUUCAGGAACGCAUGGAAAAACAACAGCAACGGUUGAGAAUCCUCCAGGCGAGCCCGUUCGAUGCCGAAGCUCAGCGGCUGAUCGCCGAGGAGAUCAAGCAGAAGAACAUCGAAGCCAACAUGGAAGCAGCCAUGGAGUACAAUCCGGAAACGUUCGGUACGGUUGUGAUGCUGUACAUCAACUGCCGGGUCAAUGGCCACCCGGUGAAGGCCUUCAUCGAUUCGGGAGCUCAGGCCACCAUCAUGAGCGCUGCUGCGGCGGAACGGUGCAACAUCAUGCGCCUGGUGGACACCAGAUGGGCCGGUAUUGCCAAGGGUGUCGGAGUGCAGAAGAUCAUCGGCCGCAUCCACAUGGUACAGAUUCAGAUUGAAAACGAUUUCCUCACGUCGAGCUUUUCCGUACUGGAGGAGCAACCGAUGGACAUGCUUUUGGGAUUGGACAUGCUGAAAAGACAUCAGUGCAACAUUGAUCUCAAACACAACUUGCUGAAAAUCGGUACGACCGGUACCGAGACGCGCUUUUUAGCGGAAGGAGAUCUGCCCGAAUGCGCCAGACUGACGGGAAGUCCCGAAGAAGAACAGAAGGCCCUUGCCGAAUCCGCCCGAAUUGCCGAGGAACUGGCCCUGAAGGAAGCGGUUGUGAAGAGUCAGCAAGAUCAAGAAAAUUCCAACCAAGAGGAAAAACCAUCCGGAAGCAUUUCGCAGUUGAAGCGGCGACGAUCCCCCUCGACCAGCGGUACCAGCAGUGGAAACAACAACACCGGCAGCGGAAACAGUAGCAACAACUCGCCAACGUCUUCGGGACAACAACCACCACAGCAGCCUCAGCAAACGGCCGAAGAAGACGUUCCCCUGGUGUUGCUGCCAACGGACCAAUUCUCCGAGAUGGAUGUGGUUGAGCUGGAAUCGAUGGGUUUCAGUCGGCAGAUGGUGAUUGGCGAGCUGAGGGCUGCCAACGGUGACAAAACAAAGGCCACUUCCGGACUGUUCGCUAAGCUAGGAUAAGGGGAAAAGUGUUGCAGCGGGCAGACUUUAGGUUUCUAUCUUAAGAAACGGACACGACCAUCUAGCACGGCAUUCUGCAUGCAAAUAAUUUAUCGGAUGCGAUGGGUGUCGGUCGUACUAUUUUUUUCUUUAGAGAGGUGCAUUUCUUAACUGUUUCACAAAGAAAAACAAUCAUUUUUUUCCUCUUCAAAUAAAACGUAUGACGUAAUUCUCACUCGCGAAAGAUUUCUUGUUUCCUUGAUUUUUUUUUGUAAUGGGGAGGGUGAUUUCGAACAAAUGAGUUUAUUCAUAAGAAACAAAACUGAUAGUGACUAAAAGUGAAAAUUUGAAUUUCUAAAACAGAUUAUUUACAAUGAAUGUGGCUGAAGUGGGGGCGAUAUUGCACUGACAUCAUUGAGGGUGACCUAACGAAUAAAUGCAUUGAAACAACAA